GCGGAGGAAACUACUCCAAGCUGAAAUGAUACAAGGAUACGCUUAAACUGACAACCUAAUUUAGUGCUUUUAGCACACGGUUGCUCAUAGCCUCUUUUGAUUACUGUCUUCACAAGACAAUCGAUAUUAUUGCUUUUACUUGUUGAAUGCACUAACGUUGAUCAUUCAACAAUUUAGCCAGCUUCGUUGCUCGCUAACACAUCGGAAAAGUAUUUUUGUUAUCUUGACUUGGAUAUCCAUCAAUUAGCAAACAUGGUUGCUAUGACCAAGAGAGUGAAGACCUUCGAAAUCAUCUUCAACGAUCCUAGCAAGGCUUUCUACAGUGGUGGGGACAAAGUAGCCGGGAGGAUCGUGGUUGAGGUCAACGAAGUAACAAGAGUCUCGGCUAUGAAAGUGUGCGGAGUCGGAAGCGCAAAAGUGGAAUAUGCCAAAGGAAAGCAGAGAUGCCGAGAGGAAAUUGAUUAUCUGAAGUAUGAAGAGGUGGUUCAUCUUGAUGACCAGCCAGCUGAUACUGAUGGAUCAGUUAUCCUGAGACCUGGGAACAAGUACGAGUACAUGUUUGGCUUCGAGCUUCCCCAGCAAGGGCAAAUCGUGUCCUCCUACAAGGGCAAGUUUGGCUUUGUGCAGUACUAUGUGAAGGCUGUGAUGGAGAGGCCCUCUCAGCCUCCUCAGGAGUGCAGGAAGAGCUUUGAGGUGGAGGAGCCCCUGGAUGUCAACACUCCUGACUUGCUGUCACCCACUGGCGGCAUGAAGGAGAAGAAGGUCACCUGCAUGUUCAUCCCCGACGGCCAGGUGUCCCUGAAUGCCAAGAUCGACAGGCGAGGCUACUGUGAGGGCGAGGAGAUCAGCAUCAACGCCAAGUUCGAGAACACCUGCUCGCGCAUCGUGGUGCCCAAGGCAGCCAUCGUGGCCAAGCAGACCUACCAGGCCAACGGCCGCACCAAGGUCUUCCGCCAGAAGCUCUCGUCCGUCCGCGGCAAUCACAUCAUCUCGGGCAUGUGCGACGCCUGGCAGGGCAAGACCAUUCGCGUGCCCAAGAUCAAGCCCUCCAUGCUGGGCUGUAACAUCAUCCGCGUGGAGUAUGCUCUCAUGAUCUACAUGCACAUCCCUGGCAGUGACAAACUGAUCCUUGAGCUGCCCCUGGUCAUCGGAACCGUGCCCUACAACGGCUUCGGCAGCCGCACCAACAGCAUGAGCAGCCAGGACGGCUCGGUGAGCAACGCCUCCAACAGCUGGGUGUCCCUGCGCAUGCCCAGCGCGCCCCCCAGCUACUGCGACGUGACCCGCGACGUGCGCCUCGACCAGCCGCUCACGCCCCUGCUGGACGACUACGACGGCGACGACAGCCCGAUCUUCAUGAACAUGCCCCAGUUCACCUUCCCCCCACCUGCUUACACAGAGGUGGAUGAGGAGUUCAAUGGCAAUGUCCGUAUGCUACAAGUCUGCUGAACUGCCUUCUAAAACCCCCCACUGGAUUCGUGGUGGGGGUCGCUUUCCUUCCACUCAUGGCACUUGAACUAGUUCACCAGAACGAACUCAGGAAAGAAAUAGGCUCAAAGAGCCCAUUUUGAGGCCUUUGGAAAAAGAGCUGUUGGAGGUGUGAUUGUUCGUGGUCACCAGGGUCCUGGAGACCAGUCGAGAAGGGGAACAAGAAAGUUUUUUUUUUCGCAAAGAGCACAGAGAGAAAAAGGAAGUCGGUGCUACCCUGUGCCUGCACUGUCAGCAAGUUAGUUAUUAUUUUCGCAACGCCAUCUGAGCUGAACACUAGCACUCCCAUUUCCAACCUUAUAUUGCUGUUAAGGUGUCAGUGCUUGAACGGAGGCCCUGCAACAGUCGAGCGGAGCGCUAAAGUUCGCUGUUCUUACGCUGCUACCCCUGUGAACUUUCAGAAUUUGGAUGAGUCCAAGUGUACUGCUGAGAAUCAGAAGCAUGUCUUGUCUGUAAUAGUUGUUGAUGACAUCGACACUCCAUGACUUUCUCUUCGUUUGGGACUUGUGUCCGUCCUUCAUAGCCUUUGUUGUCAUUCCAUUUGUAAUAUUAUGGGGCAUUUCAUUUUGAGGAACCAUCUUAGCACCUCCUUUGUUCAAUUCUUUUCUGUAUUUUAAUGGAACAUUGUGGAACAUUGGUUGCAAUUAUGACAUAUACUCCAUAAGGUGAUGUGAGUCCCCUGCCUAUAACGAAGGGGAAAAUAAUGCAGAUUUUAGACCACAUUAUAUGGCAGACCAGUGUUGUCUUCAAUAAGCUCUUAUUUUCCUUCAUGAUCAUGAUGCACUUUUUUUUUGUAAUGUACUUUGGAUUCUCUUGUCGCCUAUAGAGAGGAUUUUCUGUAAAUGUUUUAGUUCAUCUUCUAUGUUUGACCCACCAGUCUUCCAUUUUAUUUCUUUCCAUACACUGUAUGCGUAGAUUAGUCGAAGCAAAAAGCACAUUGUUGUGAUCUACCCCAUGACCUGUCACUGUAUGGUGGGCAGAAACCUCUUAUUUGCAAGGGCUAAAACAAGUGGUUGUAUCUGGUUCUGAACAAGGGCUGAAUCACUAGGCCAAAAGAAAAAAGUUGACACUACGAAGUGCCAAAGUGUCUGGUGGUGGUGUAAAUGGUGAUAAAUUCGGAAUGACGCCUCCACAAUAAAAAGAAAUGUAAUUUGUGGGGAAAACAAAUGUAUCAUUUCACUCAGGACACCAUCAUGUAUUCUGAUGGUGAAUGUUAAGUUUAUUUACUUGUGCUACGUUUUCUUCAAACUUAACUGCUUGAAAAGCUUUCAAAGACUGAUCUGUGAAAUGCACAUGUUUUUGUAUACGUGUCUUGGAAAGUGUUUUUUGUAUUUGAGACCCUAUGGGUUAGUUUUGUAUAAAAUAAAUAAAAAGUUUCAAAUGCA